ACAACAAAACAAUGAUCAUCUCCAAACAACAUUUGUUUUUGUUGUUCUCAAUAUUCUCAUUCUUAUUCUUCUGUUCUUCAGUUUUUGCAAAGGUGGUGGAGGUGAAUAAUGAAGCUAUGAUCUUGUUAUCGAUCAAGUCACACCUUAUCGAUGCUCUAGACCAACUUAAAGACUGGAAGAUCACUCAAGAACACAAUGUACAUUGUAAUUGGACAGGAAUUGUGUGUAAUUCAAUGGGAAGAGUCGAAAAGCUUGACCUUUCACGACGAAAUAUAAGUGGGCGGGUUUCUGAUGACAUUCAAAGACUUGAAAGUCUUACUUCUAUCAAUCUAUGUUGUAAUGGGUUUGCUUCUCCAUUGCCAAAGUCACUUGCAAAUCUUACUUUGCUCGAGACGGUUGAUUUGAGCCAGAAUUACUUUGUUGAUGUGUUUCCUAAAGGUUUAGGAAUGGCGAGAGGGUUGACUAUACUUAAUGCCUCUAGUAACAACUUCUCGGGUGAUAUACCUGAGGAUCUUGGGAAUAAUACGGUUCUUGAGACGUUGGAUUUAAGAGGGAACUUCUUUGUUGGUUCAAUUCCGGUGUCGUUCAGGAAUCUAAAGAAGUUGAAGUUUCUUGGGCUUUCUGGGAAUAAUCUAACAGGGGUGAUACCGAAAGAAAUUGGUGAGCUUUCGUCUUUAGAGAGCAUUGUUCUUGGGUACAACGAAUUUUCUGGUGGUAUUCCGGCGGAGUUUGGGAAAUUGUCGAAUUUGAAGUAUCUUGACUUGGCGUAUGGUAAUUUUGGGGGUUCGAUUCCCAAGGAACUCGGGAAUCUAAAGGCAUUAGAAGCAAUGUUCUUGUACAAGAACAAUUUAGAAGGAAAGAUUCCUUUGGAACUCGGGAAGUUGACUUCCCUGACUCAACUGGAUCUCUCUGAUAACAUGUUAUCUGGAGAGAUUCCAGCCGAGAUAUCAGAAUUGAAGAACUUACAGCUCUUCAAUGUGAUGUCCAACAGACUGACCGGUUCAGUCCCGCCUGGAAUUAGUAACCUGAACCAGUUGGGAGUUCUCGAGUUGUGGAACAAUUCUCUUUCUGGUUCUCUCCCAAACGAUCUUGGACUUAAUUCCCCCUUGGAAUGGGUUGAUGUAUCGUCGAAUUCCUUCACAGGAAGAAUUCCUGACAGCAUUUGUCAUCAAGGUAAUCUCACAAAACUGAUUCUAUUCAAUAAUAAGUUCUCGGGUCCAAUUCCUAUCGGUUUAUCAACUUGUAAUUCAUUAGUACGUGUUCGUAUGCAAAACAACUUCCUUUCGGGGGUGAUUCCUGUUGGAUUUGGUAGUCUUUCAAAGCUUCAAAGGCUUGAAUUGGCAAACAACAAUCUAACGGGUCAAAUCCCGAAUGACAUAUCAUUGUCUACUUCCCUUUCGUUCCUCGACUUCUCCAGAAACCAACUUCAGUCCUCACUUCCUUCCUCAAUUCUCUCUAUUCCUAAUCUUCAAAACUUCCUGGUUUCCGAAAACAAGCUGCUUGGGAAAAUCCCAAAUCAGUUCCAAGAUUGCCCUUCUCUUUCAAUCCUUGAUCUUUCUUCAAACCAGUUCACUGGAACUGUUCCUUCUAGUAUUGCCUCUUGCCAAAAGCUGGUCUACUUGAAUCUCCGAGACAACCAACUAACCGGAGAGAUCCCAGUCCCAAUUUCCAUGAUGGGCACCCUUGCAGUUCUUGAUCUGUCAAACAACUCAUUAACUGGUGGUAUACCCGAAAACUUUGGGAAUUCUCCAGCACUGGAGUCACUUAAUGUAUCCUACAACAGACUUGAAGGUCCUGUCCCCGAAAAUGGGAUGCUUAGAACCAUAAACCCGAGUGAUCUAGUUGGAAAUGCUGGUCUAUGUGGUAAUGUACUAGCUCCAUGCACCGAAAACAUGAGCAACAAUUCGCGACACAAGCAUUUACACACAAAACACAUGAUCACCGGAUGGGUUAUUGGGUUGUCUGUUGUCUUAGCUGCUUUUAUAUUGGCUUUUGCGGGAAAAGCUCUUUAUGACAAAUGGUACACGAACGGAGGCUGUUUUGAAGAAAGAUUCGAGAUGGGGAAAGGAGAAUGGCCGUGGCGACUAAUGGCAUUUCAAAAACUCAACUUUAGCAGCAAUGACAUUCUGAAUUGUGUUAAGGAAUCAAACGUCAUCGGUAUGGGAGCCACUGGAGUUGUCUACAAAGUCGAGAUUCAACGCACAAACACUACUGUGGCGGUUAAAAAGCUAUGGAGCACUAAAAACGACAUCGAGCUUGGAAGCAGUGCAGGCGACUUCGAUGGUGAAGUGAAUGUACUUGGCAAGCUGAGGCACCGAAACAUAGUCAGAUUGUUGGGAUAUUUACACAACGAUAAGAACGCAAUGAUAGUUUACGAGUAUAUGACAAAUGGAAGUCUUGGUGAAGCGUUACACGGGCAAGGAAGGUUGCUGGUGGAUUGGGUUUUGCGAUAUAAUAUUGCUGUUGGAGUGGCUCAGGGGUUGGCUUAUCUGCACCACGAUUGUCACCCAGCAGUGAUCCACCGUGAUGUGAAGCCUAAUAACAUUUUGCUGGAUGGAAAUCUGGAGGCCCGGAUUGCUGACUUCGGGUUGGCAAAGAUGAUGGUGAAGAGGAACGAGACUGUGUCGAUGGUUGCUGGAUCUUAUGGCUAUAUCGCCCCUGAAUACGGAUACACAUUAAAGGUUGAUGAGAAGAGUGAUAUAUACAGCUACGGAGUGGUUCUGAUGGAACUCGUUACUGGAAAACAUCCAAUCGAACCUGAGUUUGGAGAUUCAGUAGACAUUGUCGAAUGGGUUCGUCGAAAAAUCAGAGAAAACAAACCGUUAACAGAAGUAGUAGAUCAGAAUGUAGGAAACUGCAAACAUGUAGAAGAAGAGAUGUUGUUAGUCCUCAGAAUAGCCUUAAUUUGUACGGCUAAGCUUCCGAAAGAUAGGCCCUCCAUGAGAGAUGUUAUAAGCAUGCUUGAGGAGGCAAGACCGAGAAGAAAAAGUAGCAGUAACACCAACAAUGGCGGAUUAAAUCCCGCAACUAAUGAUAAAGAUAAACCUGUUUUUAGCACCUCGCCUGUAACUGACCUUUUGUAAACAGGUUUGAACCAUGAGAAUAGUCCUGAAAAGAAUUUGUGCAUCGGUGGUGCGAUUUUCUGUUAAUUAUGUGUAGAGAUUAUGCACAUUUUGUAAGUUUUUGAGUCUGUUAAUUAUGUGUAGAAGUCGUUUCAUUCUUACUGAAAAUAAUGUAAACAUACCACCUCAUUCAUAUUGUAAAAUGAGUUCAGAUUUUAUU